AUGAGCAAGGAAUUGCAUCAUGCUUUUCGAGGCGGAUCCAACUUUUGGGCUUGCGAAACCAAAACUCUGCGUCUCCUUGGUGCUUUCCCUGGAACCGGCAAACAGUGGGUCGCUUCCCUCCUUUGUUACGUAACAAACCUAAUUCCCCAGUCUUGCCCUUCACUCUCCACCCUUGGCGCUCUGCAUAUACCCUUCUGCUUCCUCCUUUAUUCCAACAUCACAUCAAAAUCAAAUUCCCAUUUCUCGUUUUUUAUCUACUGCGUCCAUCAACUGGAAUUCUGCUUACCGGCUCCAUCGCUUCCCAUUAGAAUUCACCAUUCUUUACAUCCUGUGCAGUCUGCACAUCCCAAUAUACAAACCAUGACGUCCGAAUCGGAUCACGAGAUGAAACAUCUCCAAACGCCAUCUUUGGAGCCAUCGCCCAUAUUAGAGCCUCCAAAUGCCGAGCGACGCAGAGUUCGCAUCAACAGUCAUGCCGACACCAUCCCCAGACAAUCAUCGGCCAACGCCAGCCAUCGCGAAGAUGUUGAGUCUCAAUUUGCCGGCAUCGGCACAUCAACCGCUGAAGCAGAAGAGCUCCUGCAAGCACACAGAUCAGAAAAACCAGUACCUGAGCCGUUGGAGAAGGUCACCUCCGAAGAAGAAGAGGAAUAUGCCUAUUCUGGAAACUCCGAGGGAGGCCUUCUCUACCAUCUCCUCAAAGCUUACAAAGCCCCAGCCAUGACUGAUGCUUCUUCGACAGCUAGUAUGAGUCCGCCACAGUACCCUGAUACAGCAAGCAGGCCAGGCUCAUCAGGUACAAUGACCCCCCGUCGUACCAACAGGAAGUGGUAUGAGCAAGAGAAGGGAAACCGAUCCCAGGAAACGCUGGCUACGUUGAUCGGCGCGGCUGCUGCUCUCACAAACCCAAAUUCGACGCCCCCGAGACCUGCACACAAACGACAUUCAUCCAACCCAAUCACCAAGAUGUUCAAGGCCAAGGAGGACCAGAGUGCGAAGAUCAAAGCACAUCUCGCUACCAUCCUCAAACGCCAGCAAUACAUUUUCAAAUUGGCGCGUGCACUAAUGCUUUUCGGAGCUCCCACGCAUCGCCUCGAGGAGUACUUGGCCAUGACCGCAAAGAUACUAGAGACGAACGCCCAAUUCCUUUACAUACCCGGCUGCAUAUUGGUUUCCUACGAUGAUACGAGAACCAAGACUUCAGAAGUCAAGAUGGUGCGAGUCACGCAAGGAGUGAACCUCGGGAAGUUGAAAGACACCCAUGAAAUCUACAAAGAGGUCCUUCAUGGUGUCAUCGAUCUUGAUGAGGCACUCGCACGCCUAGAAGAGGUGAUCACUGCAAAGGACCGUCACCCCGUCUGGCUGUCUGUGUUGAUGUACGGGCUCGCAAGUACCGCAGUAUCUUGCUUCUUCAAAGCUCGGCCGAUCGACUUCCCAAUCAUCUUCGUUCUCGGAUGUAUUCUUGGAUUCUUGCAGCUGGUUGUUGCACCCCUGUCCAAAACGUAUAGCACGGUCUUCGAGAUCAGUGCUGCGAUCCUGAUGACCUUUCUGUCUCGCAUGUUCGGCAGCAUUCGUGGCGGAGAUCUAUUUUGCUUCUCGGCGUUGACGCAAAGCUCGAUUGCCAUGAUUCUCCCUGGUUGGCUUGUCCUCAGUUCAUCUCUGGAACUUCAAUCAAAAGCCAUUGUACCGGGCUCCAUUAGGCUUGUGUAUGCCAUCAUCUACAGUCUCUUUCUGGGUUACGGCAUCACAGUCGGCACAGCUAUCUACGGCGCUAUCGAUAGCAACGCGACGAGCGAGACGGAGUGUCGAGACCCCAUGAACCCAUAUUGGAACUUCCUUAUGGUCCCUCUUUACGUCUUUUUCACCACUUUCACAGUGCAGGCCAAAUACAAGCAAAUGCCCGUUAUGAUUGCCAUCGCAUUUGCGGGCUAUGUAGUGAACUUCUAUUCCAACAUGAAGUUCAGUGCGAGUGCGCCUAUUGCUUACACAUUCGGCGCUUUUGCCAUCGGCGUUCUUGCCAAUCUAUAUAGCAGAUUGCGCCACGGAGUUGCCGCUGCUGUUUUGCUUCCCGCUGUUUAUGUUCAGGUCCCGGGAAGUUUGGCAGCAAGUGGCAGCAUCAACACUGCUUUGAAGACGGCAUCAUCGCUUAUUCGAGGCGGGAACGAGACUGUUGACCCCAACGACCAACAAGCCCUCAACGCUAUCAGCUUCAACGUCGCUGCUUCAAUGAUCCAAAUUGCCAUCGGCAUUACCGUCGGCCUCUUUAUGUCCGCACUAAUUAUCUACCCGCUGGGAAAGCGCCGUAGCGGCCUCUGGACGCUUUGA